UCCUCCCUUUUCCACCUUCGUGCAUACACAUUUUAUAAUUUGCAGUUUACAUUCGUAACCUGUUCAUAUCUCGAGUAUGCAAAGCACGACGGCUAGAUAGAGCCGGAUUCGCAGCGCAAAUUAUCGUAAGGUUUCUCCUGUCGUGCUGCCCGUCGCUGCGACUCGGUCGGCCGACCAGCGGAGGUUAGGUUCUCGGAUCGGCGCAAGAAACGUCCAGUCGCAGCAGCCGCACGAGUGCAUAUCUGUUUGUCAGUCGGGAAUUGACUGCAUGGAGAUUUCGCAGAGCACGAGUAUUCUUUGAAGAAUGGAUUCGCCGCCGACUCUGGACACCGUUUACCAAGCUGUGUACUCUUUAUAUAAUAAUACAAAUCCGGCCGAACCAGGAAAAGCGUCAUUAUGGCUAGGGGAAUUGCAGAGAUCGGUGUUCGCAUGGAAGAUAGCUGAUGAAAUGUUACAUCAAAAACGGAACUUAGAGUCUUGUUAUUUUGCGGCACAGACGAUGCGCACCAAGAUACAGCUCUCCUUUCAUGAAUUACCCCAAGAGGCCCACGUUUCUUUAAGAGAUUCCUUGAUGGAACAUAUAUCACAAAUCAAUGAGCAUACCAACUCUGCCAUUGUCACUCAGUUAUGCUUAGCACUAGCGGACCUGGCUCUACAAAUGUCCUCGUGGCAGAAACCAGUAGUGGAUUUAAUUAAUAGGUUUGGAACGAGCACCGCAAACUUGUGGCCACUGCUUGAGAUAAUGACGGUGCUUCCAGAAGAAGUAAACUCGAGAUCACUUAGAUUGGGAGCUAAUCACAGGCAGCAUGUAUUGAAUGAACUUAACGCGAGUGCAAAUACCGUUACCGAGUUUUUGAAAAUGUGCCUAAAGGACGGCGGAGAUAAUGUACAAAUUCGAGUCACUAUUUUGCGGUGUUUUACUAGUUGGAUCACUGUUCAUGCAAUACCGCUCGAAGCUGUACCCACGAGCGACGUGGUUCUUUAUGCCUUGCAAGUCCUUGGCAAUCAUAUGGCUGGUUCACAGCUGCACGAAGCGGCUACCGACUGCAUCUGUAUAAUUUUACAGGCGCUAGGAGAAGAUAGCACUACCAAUCGCGAUAGCGACAACGAAUCGAGCAUGCAAUUGCAUCAAUUGCAAUUGUGUCUUUUCACAAGUGUAAUGAAUUUAGAACAACCAUAUCACUUAUCUGUUGCGCACGAGGACAUGGAAAAGUCCAUAAAUUACUGUCGAAUAUUCACGGAACUCGCUGAAACGUUUCUGGAAACCAUGGUCGCGGGAAGCGAAGAUGGAAAGCAGCAUUACGCUAUAAAGAUUUUAGAUCUUGUCCUUACAUGUGUUGGACAUCAUGAUUAUGAGGUUGCACAAAUCACUUUUAACCUGUGGUACAGGCUAUCAGAAAUCCUUUAUCAAAAAAAUAGCCACGAUCUUAAUGCUGUGUUCCGGCCACACAUUGAAAGAUUGAUCGGUGCCCUCUGCAGGCACUGCCAAAUGGAACCAGAUCACUUGGGUCUCGUGGAGGAAGGAGGCGGGGGAGAGGAAUUUGCUGACUUCCGAAAUCGCGUAUCGGAAUUGAUAAAGGACGUAGUGUUCGUAGUUGGUAGCAGCCACUGUUUCCGACAAAUGUUCUCGUCGUUAACGGGAGGACCUGGGCCGCAAGGUCAGCCUGUACAUACGCCAACUUGGGAUUCAACCGAAGCUGCACUCUUCGUGAUGCAAGCGGUGGCGAAGAACAUUCUGCCGGAGGAGAAUGACGUAGUCCCGAAAGUGGUAGAAGCUAUCCUUAACUUACCGGAAAACACACAUAUAGCCGUACGCUAUACUAGUAUCCUCCUGUUAGGUGAACUAUGUGAAUGGAUAGAUAGACACCCGCAAUCAUUAGAACCAGUGUUAAAUUUCCUCUUAGCGUGUUUAAAUCAAAAGGGUUUAGGAAGUGCUGCCUCAGGUGCACUGUUAAGCAUAUGUACAGCUUGUUCGUUACACAUGGCGUCACAUUUCUCUGGACUUUUGCAAAUAACUCGGUCUCUCGAUAAUUUCGCCAUCAGUAAUGAUGCAGCGAUUGGCCUACUGAAAGGAGUAUCGAUAAUUUUGGCGAGAUUGCCGCACGAGGAAAUCGCCGCGGCAAUGAGAGAACUGUGCUGCUUUCAAGUUAGUUCUCUGUGGAACCUUCUCAUGGAUAAAACUCCAAUCGAGAGAGGAACAAAGACUGAUCCUGUGAUAUGGCUGGAUAGAUUAGCUGCUAUAUUUAAGCAUACUAAUCCUCCAAUUCAUGACUCCAAUAAACCUCAUCCCUGUCAAAGCAUAAUCAGCGAAAUUUGGCCCGUGUUGUCAAACGUAUGCGAAACAUAUCAACAGGAUGUGAGAAUCAUGGAGAGAUGUUGCCGCUGCAUACGCUUCGCAGUGCGUUGCGUGGGUAAACACUCCGCCCAUUUGCUCGAGCCGAUUGUGAAACAGAUCGUACCGUUAUACACGGCGCACCAACAUAGUUGCUUCUUGUACCUUGGCUCGAUACUGGUGGACGAGUACGCGACCGAUUCGGAAUGUGUAUGGAACCUAUUUAAUAUGCUAGACGCUUUUAUUGGUCCCACUUAUGCUCUCCUUCAGCAAGAAGACGGCUUGAAGAACCACCCCGACACGGUAGAUGAUCUGUUCAGGCUAUGUGCGAGGUUUCUACAAAGGGCUCCUAUCGUUGUACUACAUUCUCCUUUUUUUGGGAGUAUCGUAGACUGUGCUAUAACGGCUUGCAGUUUGGAUCACAGAGACGCUAAUAGUUCCGUAAUGAAAUUCUUUUACGAUCUUUUACACUGCGGCCGUAGUUACAAGGAUCGGUCCGAUUACACGAUACGGCGACAAUUCGUACGAAAUAUAUUGUACGAAAAGGGUGAAACAUUAGUCACGAAAUUACUGCACGCUUCGGUAUUCGAGCUGUCGUCUUACAUGCUGUCCGAUGUGGCGGAUGUCAUUAUAGAACUUACCCGAAGUGACGAAGAACUCAAAUUGGCUCAAAUGUCGAACUGGUUGGAACACGCCAUCAAAACGAUGCCAUUGCAAAACGCGAGCGGAGCUCCUACGGCUACGCCCGAACAGUUGUUCGAAUUUCACGAUACGAUUACGAGGUCAGAGACGCCAAAGACUGUGACACAUGCUCUGCGAAAUUUUGCACGCCUGUAUCGCUGAUGCGUUUUAGCAUAUAUACGUAUUCUGUUACAUUUCCCAAAAAGUACACAUCGCGACUAUUUCCCAGAGAAAUUUGGCAAUGCCACCAAGUAUAAAAGCCUCCAGAAGAAGAUUCCAGGAUCCUUUACGUAUUCACUAUCUGGACUUCACUUAUGUUCAUACAAUGUAUUAACGCGUGCUCAUCGCACUUGGAUAGGCCUUACUUUUGCAAGAAUCUAAAAAUUCUUUAUAUUUAUUUAUAUAUUUAUUUUUAACAGUUUUUUAAUAAUAAAUUUUAAUGUACAUCUUCCAUUUUUAUUAAAAUAAUUCUUUAAGUAAUAAAUAAGACGUAAUUACCGUCGUAAGAAAUGUUUAUAUUGUACCUAUUGCUAGGUAUAAACAUUUAAAGAUAGCUGUACAUAAGGAGAACGUUUUUAAAUUUGUUAUAUUAAUGAAGUACUUUGAACAAUUUGAUACAGAAUAUACAAACCUUGUAGCACGUCACGAGUAGUGAAUACGCAAAGAUCAUGAAAUCGAUACAUACACCUAUUUUAUUUAUCCUAUUUUAUUUAUGAAUCAUUUAAAUUAUACUGAGUCGUUGUAUUUAUGCGUGAAGCAUUCUGUUAUUCAUCCGCAAAAUUUUAUGGUUUUUCUAAUUCUUCGACUACUGCUUCAACAUAAUUUCACUUACUCAGUAUAAAACAAAUUGAAUCGAAUUUCUCGAGAAACUGAUGCAAUUAAUAACGUUCGUUCAACUGAUAACAUGUGGAGCACACUUACUUGAGAAUAUAAAAACUAAGAGAAAAAAAAGUUUUAUUUCAAUACUUGAAAAUAUUAAACUAAAAACUAUGGACAAUGCACCUGAGAAUAACGUAACUUUUGGAUUAUAUGCAGGAAUUUUAGUUACGAAAGAAAUGCGAAAGAUGGUAACGUUCAACAUUCAUUCGUUGUUGUUUAUUUAAUAUUGCAAGAUUUACAUUAAAAAAAAUUGACCGACAAUUACUCGCGCACCAAUUUGCAUCUCUUAAAUAUCAUAACAAAGAGAAUCUUUAUAAUUGUAUCAGUCUAUAUACGUGAAUGCAAUUAUUCGCAUUACAUUCGUAGGAAAUUUCAGAAAUGUAUACAAAUUUUUCCAUAUUUGCAUAUAUAUAAGGUAUAUCUCCAUAAUAUGUAUCUUAAGUAUAUUUUAAUGACUGUACAAUAUAAAACACCACAUGAGUAGUAAAACAUUUAACUGUGUUACUGCAUUAUGUACGUGGACGGAUGUUAAUUAUACUACCGUUUAAUUGUACAAGUACAGAGAUAAUCGUUAUCGUCUAGUUUCACGCUAAAUUCUAACAUUAAGUGUACAGAGACAGUUUACGUACGGCGAGUAUGAGAUGUGCCGCUUUCUCUUUGUGGAGUGUUAAUGUACAGAGCAGGAUAAUAGUGCGGGUUAAAGAUAAGGAAUCAUGGAAAACGAAAUGUGUACGAGAAGAUGUUUGUAACGUAUUACUAUGUACGAUAUGAUGCAUUCUUGUCGAAGCUUGUUCAAUCUCGACAGUAUUCCUAUCGAGUACCGUUCGAUGUAGCAUUUACGCUGAGCGUUGAUCGUCAUUUUGUCUCAUAGUAAUGGUAAACCCUUCACCGGAAUCUCGAAUAAAGUGAUAUUUUUUACCGAA